UUUUCAUAUACACAAAAAUAAAAAUGUUAAAACACUACUUAUAAAAAAAUGUUAAAACAUAUUGAUUUUGUAAAAUCAAUUAUGUUAAAAAUAUUCUUACACUUUUAAAAUGUGGGUCAAAAUCUCAUUUAGUUAAAUUACGGCCGGGUCGGUCAUAUUUUAAUUGAUGAAACGAGAUAUUUAAACGGUUUCUAACAUUUACAUCAAUUUUUGGAUGAACGAAAUUAAACUUAUGAUGUUAAUGAGAUAUGUUAUCAUGCAUAAUAUAUAAUUCGCGUAGCUAGGUAUACAUUAGUUUAGUUUGCAUGGUUAACCAUGUGAAUGACUAAUACUUCAGGUAGUUAGCAAAUAUUUUUUUCCUUCUUUUAAUCAAUGAACCUAAAUCCGGAUUGAAAUCCUGAUAAUUGAAUUCAACCCAAUAGAACAAUAGUGUUAUCAUAGUUACAACUAAAAAAAAAACUUAACAGACAAAUCUAAAAUUUAGAAAUGGAAAUAUGAGAAGGAAUGGAAAAACUUAACAGACAAAGCGUUUCAAGAAGAAAAAAAAAAUUCUAGAGGCUUCGUUUUGCGUUAGUUCAUUAUAAUGCAAGUAGAGCGAAUUCGAUGAUUUAUUUAUUUUGAAGUACCAUCUCAUUAGAUGGUAUUUGUUUCUAGUGGAUUUUGUAUGUAAAAUCAACUAGGUGAUUAUCCACUCACAUGUGUGGAGUAAAAUGUAUAUAUUCUAAUAAUUGUUGAAUAUGAACUUUGUCCGUAUAACCAUAAUUAUAUUAUUCAUAAGCCUAUAUAUGUAUUAAUUUGAAUAUCUAUUAAAUGUUAGUUUACUCGUAUGGUUUUUAUGAUCAUUUAUAUUUUAUUAUAAUAAAAAAUUUAAACUAUAGAUCAUAAAAUUUUCAGUGUGAGAGUUUUAACAAUUUUCAUUAUUUAUAGUCGUUUUUAAACAUUCAAAAUAUAAUAUAUACGAAAAAUCUAUUUUUUAUUAUAUGGUUAAUAUGAUUGUUUAAUUUAUUUUAAUACUAUAACAUUAAAAAAUAAUGAAGAUAUGUGAAUUGUUGUCAAGUCUUUAUUAUUAAAAUUAUUAAUUGUCAAAUAUAUAUUUUAGUCACGUUUGGUAAUUCCGUAAAUUUUAUUUAAGAAAAAAAAAACAAUAAUUAUAUAUUGUUAAUUAAUUUCAUGGUUAUUCUAAGUAGAAGUAUAUAAUACAUGUUUAAUAGACCAAAAUAUUUCUUUAGAGACUUUAAGAAACAUUAUAGUGAUGACACGUGUUAUAGUUAAAAUGUUGUAAUGCUUAUCUUUUAAUAUAUAGAAGAUUAUCUAAUAAUUUCCAAUAACUCUUGAUAAAUACUAGGAAAAGAACCCGUGCGAUAUCGCACGGUAACUCAUUUUGUAAAAAAUACAAUACAAAUAAAAUUACAAUAAUUUUUGAAGAUAAUUUUUUUUAAAUUCUUUAUAAGAGUGUAUAUAUAUAUAUAUGAAAAUAAAUGAAAAGCCAAUUUCAUAUAUUUUGAUAAAAAAUUUAAAAACAAAGGCAAUUUCAUGUAGUGAUCUUUGAUGAUCUAAAUAAUGAAUCUCUUUCUUUUUUAGUUUAUUUGUGAUUGUUGUGAUUUUCUAAUUUUAUUUGGUGUUUAUUGUGGUUGUUAUUUGUCAUUUUCGACAACUAUUUAUAUAUAUGACUAAGGAUUGCAAUAGUUGACAAUCAACCUUUGCAAAGGUUUAACUAAGGGUUACACUGGUUAACACCAAAAGUUGCAACAGUUCACAACUAAAAACAAUAAUCACUAAUAAUUGUAAUUUUUUUAUCAUCAAAGAAUGUAAUGGUUCAACACUAACAGUUGCAUCAUCUAACCAAUUGUAACUAUUCACUAAGACAACAUACUCCACUUAAACAGUCUCAAAGAUUCACUUAAAUCUCUAACAAUUAUUUCUUAUUUAAUUAUUAUCAGAGAUUCACAAAAUAAAUAUCACUCGUAUCAAACUCAUGCACGAAUAAAAAUGUACGUAACAUCAAUUCGAAAAACAUCAUAAAUGUCUAUUUAUUUGAUAGAUAACAAAAUGGAUCAUAUAUUUUUAUAAAAAAAUAGGAUCAUAUAUGCGUUGUACGUAUAUAAUUUGACAUAUCAUUAAACCUUGUAUCAGAUGUGAUGUCAAAGUUACUAAUAUGGUAGAUAGAUUAUUCUUUGAAAAAGUAUUUGUAAAAUGGGAUGACCGAUGAUUAAUAGUAGCUUAACAGAUCUCUCUUCACAAAAAUAAAUAAAUUAAUAGACUAUUUAGAAGAAAUAAAAUAUCAGAUGUAAAAGUUGGAAUCUUCGAUGUAUAAAUGUUUUCAAAGAGGUGUCUUUGGAAGAGGUUUAAGCCGUUUUGAUUUGAAGGAAUGCAUUGAUUCGAGAAAGGCAAAAGCGUUCUUUGGUUUAAUAAAUGAUGAUGUCAUCUAUUUAAAGGAAAUCUAAUUUUUAACCAUUAGAUUAUUAUAAAAUAAAGCAAAUCUAACAGUUAGAUAUAUCUUUUUUUUCCUAUAAAAAAUGAUGAUAUUAUCAGUUAACAAAAAAACAGGUUUCCUAUUAUGUAUAGAAAAUUUAAAAAAGAAGUAAGAAAAACUUGCUUUGAUAGUAGCAAAUGUCAUUUUAUUUGCAUAACUUCUUGUAUAUCUGCCAAGAAGAAGCAAGGUUGGUUUCAAGGUGACUCUCUAAUAAAAACAAAUAAACACGAACCAAAAACAAAAAAUCAGUUUAAUACCCAGCGAGUUGAUUAUUGAUCAUCCAUGGUCUCCAGUUAUCAAUAACCGAAUAGUUGAGAGAUCUUAUCCAAGCUUGAGUCCCAAUGUAAGGUACUGUCAUAUCGUGAUCACCAAUGUUCACACAAAACCACACAAAUAUUUACAUAAAGAUUUUGAAUCUUGGUGGGAGAAAAAAACUCUGACCUGAAGAUGAGAGAACGAUAGCCAUUGAUGCUAUUAUCCAUAUGGUAAGGUACAUUACUUAUAAUGUCGUUACUGUAAGGAAUAUCCAAAUUACAUCGUAUCCAUCUCCCUAUGCUCUACUACAAUUAUAGAUCUUCUUAAAAAACUUGACAGCGCUUCUUUACUAAACUCUUUGAAAUGAACAGUCUUAUAUACCUUCUUGAUUUGAAGAGCUUUGCGUACGCUUUCGCUUUCGUCAUUUGCCCAGUAGGUAGCUAGCAAAUACCUAUAAAUCUGCAAAAGCAACCUUAUAUAUGCUUUGUUUCCUGAAUGGUUUAACGGUAAAGAAAGAAGGUUAAAAAUUUAUAACAGUAGUUAUUUUAAAAUUAUACUUAUAAUAAUAGUCACAACUUUUCACUUUUUAAAAGAUAUCUAUACAUAAUAGCAAACUCCACAUUCUGUGUUUGAUGACAUCAACAUUUUUUAUAGCAAAAUAAAAUUGAAAUCGGACGGUUGAGAUUAUUGCGGUUAUGUAAUCUAGUGGAUAUUAUUUAAGUUUCAUUUAGUAUAUGAUGUCAUCCGUUAUUAUAUCUAAACGAUGUCUUUUUCUUUUUGAAACGUUGCAUUUUUGAAACAUUGCUUCUGAAGAGACACGACCCUCUCAAAAUAAUAAUUCUUAUAUCUAACGGUGUCUUGUUUUUGAAACGUUGCAUUUUUGAAACGUUGCAUUUUUGAAAAGAUACGACCCUCUCAAAAUAAUAGUUCUUAAAUCUUAACAAAUUUAUAUAUUCAUUCUUUAUGACUUCCCUACUUCCCGUCAUCAUUGUUCUUUUUUCUCCUUCACUUACCAUGGAUUUCUUUUGUUCUGGAAAUAACCGUCUCUCUCUAAGAAUUUUCAUGUCUGUUUUCACCACCACCGCCAUCCUCUUUUCUGUUUGUUAUGUUAAUCUCCAUCCUCAUUUUCUGUCUCCCCAACCCACUACUAUAUUAAUUUACUCAUAACCGUUGAAAUAUUAGAACAUGUGUUGUCCUCAUGAAACCAUUUGAUGAUAUUUUAACCGGGAGAUUCAAGAGACUGAAAUUUAUAAAAGGGAAAUAUGAUUUCAUGUUUCAAGAAGGAACUGACAAUCAUAAUCAAUUUAACUUACAAAUUAGCGAGAAAAGCUUUAGCGAGAGAAUUCCGAUGAUUCUCCCUCCACUGUUUCCAGGCCUUAUGAGAAUAUAAUCCAUCCUAGGAAAAUUAAUUGUACCAAAAAUUUAACAAAAAAAUUCACCGAGCAUCUUUCCACAAAUCCUGUAUAUCUGAAGAAAAUAAUAAUUGUGUUGAAUUCUUUAUAAUUGUGUUUUUUCACAAUUCUUUUUGCACCAUCAAAUCAUCAUAUAUCACUCUCACUAAUACGCAUCUCUUCGCUCUCAACUGGCUAUUUUCAGCCAAUUGUUAAACAAUUUUUUUGAUUUCCGGCUGACAUUGAUCCUAGCACUGGUUGUUUUCUCUUUUUAUUUACUUUUGUUUUUAAUACAUUUAGAUCUCGGUUUACUACCAUUAAAAUCAGUGGAAGAGACUUAUAAUUGAAAAAUGCAUGGCGGAGACUAUUUAUAGAUUUUUAAAAUCUAUUUGAAUAGUCACAUCCCUUCAAUCUGAAUAGUUGCAUUCUUCUAAUACUCACAACUUUUCACUUUUUAAAAAAUACUUAUGAAUAGUCACAACUUUUAAACAAUUUUUAGAAAAGACACAACCUUACAACAUAGAACUUUUAGAAAAGACACAACCCUUUACACAUCUUUUUCAAAAGAUACAACCUUUCAAUAUAAGUGAGAUUCACAACCUUUGGAAUUAAUGAGGAUUGCUAUUAUUAGUAGAUUAUGAGUGAAAUCUUUGUUUUCCAGUAAGGAGAGAUUCGAAAGAGUUUUAAUAAAUGAUUAAUUCAAUAAGAGUGGAUUUGAUAGAACUUUUAUAAAUACUAAGAGGAGAUUUGAACAAAAACUAGAAUUCUCUUAAAUCAUAAGCCCCCUUUGUUCCUAUCUGUUUUUUGGUCACCAUUCCAUUCCAGAAAAUGCUUUUAAAGAUAACAAUCACAACAUUCCAAAUGUAGAAAAGGCACAAUCUCAACAUUCUAAACCUGCGUCCACCUAACAAAAAACAAUUGCCUUCUCGUAGUUUACUCCAAAUACAAAGGGUGUAAUAUAACAACAGAAACACUCAACACUUUACCGAACACACACGUUGCCUUCUCUCCUAACUCCUUAAAGUUCAAUCUUCAUAAUCUCUCUCUGUCUCUCUCUCUCUCUCUCUCUCUCUCUCUGACAACAGAGAGACUCUUCACGUGCCAAACAAAAAAAAAACUGAGCACCUUCCUCUCGCCCAUGGCCACGGACUCCGUCAAGCACGUGCCUACAUUCGGCGGCGCAGCCAUCUCUGAAAUGAAAAGCUUCUUCUCCGCCAUGAAACCAAGAAAAACGAUCAUAACUUUUGUCUACGCCUUCGUCAUAACCUUUGUUGCCUUCACUGUUUACUUAGCCUUCGCCCCUUCCCUCAUCACUAUCUCUAAUUCAGUUUCUUCCUAUAUCCUCCCUAAUGUCAGUGCCGUGACUUCAGCGUCCAGUAACAUCACAUUACAAGCAACCACGCCGGAAAGUCUCACUCCGGCUGUUAUAAACACAACCUUUGAGCCUCCCCUAGGUAAUGAAACAAACCCACAUUCUAGAAACAACGCUUCACGGUCUCAUGCAAGUGUACACUUAUGUCCUAACAACAACACUGCUCGAAAUUCGGACAAACAAGCACCUCUGUCCGUGAAUUCAAGUGCUUCUUCUCCGAUGAGAAAACAAAGUAGGAAGUCAGGGGCUAAACGAGAGAUCAAGUCUCUGAAGGACUGCGAUUUUUUCCAAGGAGAAUGGGUCAAAGACGAAUCCUACCCGCUUUACAAACCCGGCACGUGUAAUCUCAUCGACGAACAGUUUAGCUGUUUAACCAACGGAAGACCAGACGUUGAGUUUUACAAACUGAAGUGGAAACCUAAAGAAUGCACUUUACCAAGGCUGAACGGAGGCAAGUUGCUGGAGAUGAUUAGAGGAAGAAGGCUCGUGUUCGUUGGAGACUCGCUGAAUAGAAACAUGUGGGAGUCUUUGGUUUGUAUUCUUAAAGGAUCAGUUAAAGAUGAGAGACAAGUCUUUGAAGCUCAUGGAAGGCAUCAGUUUCGUCGGGAAGCUGAGUACACUUUGGUCUUCAAAGAAUAUAAUUGCACUGUGGAGUUCUUUGCGUCUCCUUUCUUGGUUCGAGAAUGGGAAGUUACGGACAAGAACGGGACGAAGAAGGAAACUUUGCGUCUAGAUAUGAUGGGAAGCUCAUCAAAGCAGUACAUAGGAGCGGAUGUACUUGUGUUCAAUACCGGAGCUUGGUGGACUGAUGACAUAACAUCCAAAGGUGAGGACUAUUUUCAAGAAAGAAGCACUGUUUACCCGAAACUCAACGUUGAUGAAGCUUUUAGAAAAGCAUUGACUACUUGGGGUCGAUGGGUUGAUAAGUAUGUGAAUCCAAAGAAGUCUCUUGUCUUCUUCCGCGGAUUCUCCCUGUCACAUUUCAGUGGUGGGCGAUGGAAUGCGGGAGGGGCGUGCGAUGAUGAAACAGAACCGAUCAAGAACGAGGCAUACCUAAUGCCUUACCCUUCCAAGAUGGAGAUUCUUGAAAGAGUUCUAAGGGGAAUGAAGACACCGGUCACGUAUCUCAACAUCACGAGGUUAACAGAUUACAGGAAGGAUGCUCACCCGUCUGUUUAUAGGAAACAGAAAUUUACUGCAGAAGAAAGCAAAUCACCGUUGUUGUACCAAGACUGCAGUCACUGGUGCCUCCCAGGUGUACCUGAUUCUUGGAACGAGAUUCUCUAUGCCGAGAUGCUGGUAAAGCUCGACCAGCUCCGUGGCAACAGACGGCGGAAACCUGAAGGGCUACUAUAGGAGGAGUUGAAUCAUAUUCUUGUUUUAGAUGAAAUACACAAUAUAUAUUUUCAAUGGAUGAAAAGAAAAGAAACACUUAGAAGCAAUUAUAUGUUUUCAAAGGCAUAGAGAAAGUAAGAGAUGAGAAUCAUAUUACUGCCUUGCUCAUCACUUUUCUUGGUUGUAAACUAUGUUCAUGGGAGAGGUUUGAGAUUGUAAAUGGUUAAUUUUUAUUUUACUCAAUUUAAUAGUAAGGUUUGUCAAAUC